UUCAAGCAAGCCUCCAUUUUUACCUGUGAAACAACAUCCGUCCGUCCGCUAUAUCUUGUACGGAUUUCACAGAACUGUAUGUGUUAAAUUAUGACAGUAAUACUGGUCACUUGUUGUAUUCCAAACUCCGUUACUGAGAGUUAACAAGUUUUUAUUCGCGAUGAACACCGAACUAUAUUUUUAUUGGUAAAUGCAUACGGGCAUGCGCGAUCACGACAGGCCGAAGAUUGAAGAAGCAUCUUCAUAGAAGAGAACUUCCUGUCCUUACAAGUUGUGGCUGAUGUAUUUUAUAUGCGUCAAAAAUGGUGGAAGUAAGGACAAAAUGGGGCAGAAGUAGGAUAUUUUAUUUCGCAAAUCAUGACAGAGGCAUAUGAAGAUGGCAACUAUCUGGUUAGGGUGCGAGCUCAGGUGAUGAUGCGCGACGACAGCACGGGUGGUUGGGUCCCCAUGGGGGGAGGGGGCCUCUCCAACGUGUCUGUCCGUAAACGCACUAUUCCAUGUGAUAUUGAUGAAAGCAAACAUGAGUAUCUCAUUUUUGGAAAGCGGAUAUCAGACCAGACGGUUGUGCUGAGUUGUACUAUUAAAAAGGACUUUGAGUACAAUAAGGUGAUGCCCACAUUCCAUCACUGGAAAACUGGGGACAAGAAGUUUGGUCUGACGUUCCAGACAGCAGCGGAUGCCCGAGCUUUUGAUAAGGGAGUCCGCACAGCCGUGGAUGAACUACUGGACGAUGCAGAAUUAUCUGACUGCAUUGCGCCUCACCUGAAACUCCACUGUGCCUCACCAGUGAGGCGCACCCUUCAGUUUGAGAAUCACUGCUCUAGGGACUUUCUAAGUCAUUUUCCUCAACACAAACCAUACUGUGUAGCUCCAUCUUUAACCCAUUUGCGCCCAGCCACUUUCACUCCGAACUGGCCCUGGAAUCCAUCUUAUGAAGGUCUUUCGGAAAUUACACCACUUCCCAAACACAAUGCAGAUGUGGGAGAUGAUGACGUGUUUAUGACACUGAACUUACCUGUGGAGAGAGGAGACUCCUGCUCCUCUUCUGGCUCCUCACGAGGUGGUGGAGGGAGUAGCCGCCAUGCUACACCCCCCACUGAGUCUCAUCAACUUCAUCGGAUUCAUUACAUCCCAAAACGUGACAAAUUGGGGUCUGACCGGGAUGCCAGCCCACCAGAGAGCAAACAGCAACAGCAGCGUGGAGAAGGUGGUGGCGGGGGGAGUGGAGGUGGAGUUGUAGUUGGGGGCAGUGAGAAAGAGAAUUAUUCAUAUGUUCAGUUGACAGCUGUGCAUGAGUACAUAUAUCCUGUGAUGGAGGACCAGAAGGCUUCAAGCCGUGAUGCAUCUGAUAGUCUGAAAAAGAGAAGUCUGGAAGUCAUUCCCACUCAACCCCCUCUGCUACCUAGCAAGCCAGGUGAUAAGAAAAAAGACCGCCACAAAGCCUGUCAGAACAGGUGCCGCCACUGCCAGGAGCUGUAUUCAGAGGAUGAGAAUGCCCGAGGGAGUUGUGAGUAUGCACCAGAUUGUGUGCGAGCAGGGAUCAAUGCGGUGGCCUGCAUCUCUUGUGCUGAGUGCAUGCUGUACCACUGCAUGGCAGAUGCAGAAGGGGACUUUGCACAGCAUCCAUGUGAGUGUGGGGUGGUGGAUGAAAACUGUGGGCGCCGGUGGCUUGGCCUGGCUCUGCUAUCAUUGCUGGUGCCCUGCCUAUGGUGCUACCCACCACUUCGAGCAUGUCAUUGGUGUUGUGUGUCUUGUGGGAUCUGCGGGGGAAGGCACCGUCCUGCCUCCUAGCCUAUGGAGUGCCAGAAUGAAGACUGCGUUCAUUGCCAGCCUCUGUCUGUGCUGGGUUAGUGGGACAGGUAGAUGAUAGCGCUCAGUACUUGUGCCACAACUUGUAGGUUGACACUGCCUAUUGUGAAAUAAUAUGGACAUCACCAGUCUUUUUGUUCAUUAGUUAGUGUCCUAAAACGUCGUACAUUGAAGGAUUACUAAUGAUAACUUGGCACAUCCUGUACCUGCUGGGUCAGGUCACCCAGCUCUCUCUCUCAGUACCAUUCUCUCACCAUGGUGCUACACGGAUAUUUUUCAUAUGGGAACUACUGCCUAGCUUCCCGAGAAGCAUGCCACGUGUGUGUUUCACAUAGUUCUAGAAGUGGUGUGAAGCUGUGCAAUGUUGAUAGGAUUGCUUGCUCUGCAGAGCAGAAAGGACUUGCAGUAUUUUGUUUGUUGGACAGUUGGAAUUGUACUUGUCUCUUCACAUUUGUUAAAUUUAUUUCUCUUGCCCCCUCAUUGCAUCCAUUGUACCACUGUGUGUGUGUUGUAAAAAUGUUGCCUUACAUUAAUGGACAGUGGGCUGAUACAAUUACAAUAAGGGACAAGAUAUAGUGACACCAUAACUGAUAUUGUUUAAUGUCAUUUUAUAUCGUGUACAUAAACAGUCGGAACCUGUUCGUUACACAUUUGUGUGGCGAAUGUAAUCAUUAGUUUCCCAAACCGUUAUUGUAUGUGAGCUAUAUCAUGUUGACUGGUUUUGUUUAGGUAAACCAAGUGCUAAUAGCGCUGUUCCACCCUAUAAAUAUCUGUGUUUUGGCAAAAGAAGGUCUAUUUUUCCAAGGGCUCAUGGGAAAAUAAGACAGACUUUUGGCACCAAAGUGCAAGAUGGCAGCCCAUGACCUGGAACUACUAGUUCCUGGUCAUGUGCUGCAAUUGUGUUUUAACUCUUCUGUGUGAAAGCGAGGUCCAGUGAUGGGAUGCGAUUGGUGGACACUGGGCAAGUGCAAGCCAACAAAAUGUAGUCAACGAAAGGAAGUCUGUUUACUAAUACUAUUAUUAAAUAUUAUGAAUUAUUGCUAUUAUACUUAUUAUUACUAUUAUCUUCAUUAUUACAUUAUAGGUUGCACGCCACCUGAUGGAGUUCUGUAUUAAAUAUUUUUUUUGUAAGCACCAUGCAAUGAUGACCGAAUCUUUUUUCAUACUUAUUUUAAUAUGUUGACAUUACAAACUUUUGUACUCUCUUUUAUGUGCAGUCCUAUAAAAACAUUCAUUCAUGUCUUUA